UUAUAAAAAAACUGAACAAGAGCGCCCUCUUCAUUCAUGGCAAGUUUCAUUAAAAGAAAUUUUACCUGAUGAAGAAUCGAAUAUCAAUGUGAUGAUGCUUACAUAUUUUCUCGAAUAUUAUUCAAACAAUGCGAUGGAUAACAUUGGGUGGAUGAACGUCGUGUCUGAAAUCAUACCAGCAUUAUAUGAAAGAAAACUCGUUAAGAAACCUUCUGAAAAUUCUUUAAAAGUGUUUAUACCUAUAACACAACUCGUUCCUCGUGAUGCCCGAUUUAGAUCUUAUAGAGAUCAAGUAAUAUUCGAUUUUGAAAGUUCUGAUAUUAGAAUGGUGCCUUUGAUUGAUUUCGUAACAAAUAGAGAAACACCGGAUCCAGAAAAUAAAUUUAUGAAUGUUAUUACAAGACUUUUUUUGCCUGGAAGAUUUACGUCUAUUAAAAUUGAGAACUAUAGCCCUUUUAUUCGGGUUUUAAGACAUAUAGAAGAUGAAGGUUCAUUUUAUAACAAUCCUUCAAUGGAAACCAUCAUGAACUGGAUGUGGCAUUGUUCUAAAAAUUAUUGGC